AUGUCAACUUUCUUUGAUGAAAUGAAAAAAUCAUUUAGUGAUGCUAAAGUCACUGAUGAUAAUAAAAUAGAUACUACUGAUUUCUUAGAAGCUAGUGAAUCAUUAGUUAAAUUAUUUGAUUUAUUAGGUAGUUCUGCUUUUACAGUUGUUAAAUCAGAUAUGACUGGUAAUAUAAAUAAAAUUAGAACUAAAUUAUUACAAGAUCCUUUGGGAUCAAGUACAUUACAAGACUUAAUCUUAACAGAAUCAACCACAAAAACUAAAACUGCAACCCAAGGUUUAUUAUGGUUAAGUAGAGGUUUACAAUUUACUGCACAAGCAAUGAGAGAAACAAUAAAUGAUCCUUCAAAAGAAUUAACUGAAACUUUUACUCAAGCUUAUUCAAAAACAUUAUCUAAAUUUCAUGGAAUAUUAGUUAAACCAAUUUUUAAAUUAGCAAUGAAAGCAUGUCCUUAUAGAUCUGAUUUUUUUGAAAAAUUGGGUUCAAAUCAAGAAAAAGUUAAUCAACAAUUAAUAGAAUGGUUAGAAAGUUUAGAAAAAAUUGUUCAGAUUAUCUUUGAUUUCUUUCAAUCAGGUAAUUAUGGUAAAGGUUUAUAA